AUGGAAGAUUCUGCUCCACGUGCGCGUCGCUCCAUGUUCGCGUGCCUGGUGGGAGCGUCACAGCUACUGGGUCUGGCGUCGGUGGUGUUGACCGGUGUGUGGAUGGGUCACUACCGCGGAGGUUUUGCCUGGGAUGGCUCAGCACGGGAGUUCAACCUGCAUCCUUUGUGCAUGGUGUUGGGGUUGGUCUUCCUUCAGGGCGAUGCCAUCCUGGUCUACAGAGUAUUUCGUAAUGAGGCGAAGAGGAAUGUGAAGAUGCUUCACGGCAUCAUUCAUCUGCUCGCCCUCAUCAUCAGUAUCAUAGGUGUUGUAGCUGUGUUUGACUUCCACAGAGCAGCUAAGAUUCCAGACAUGUACUCUCUACACAGCUGGUGUGGCAUCAUUACCCUAGUCCUUUUUUGCAUACAGUGGGUUAUGGGUUUAUCAUUCUUCCUGUUUCCUGCUGCAUCGUCAUGGUUACGAGCCUCAUACCUCCCCAUCCAUGUGUUCUGUGGUCUGGCUCUGCUGGUUCUGGCCAUAGGAACCAGCCUGCUCGGCAUCACAGAGAAACUCCUCUUCAGCAUCAUGCCAACCUACUCUGCAUUCGCCCCAGAAGGAGUUCUGGCCAACGUCUUGGGCAUCCUGCUGGUGUGUUUCGGGGUGCUACUGGGGUACUUGAUCACCAGGGAGGAAUACAGACGCCCACCCAACCCAGAAGAGGAGUCUCUGUCUGUCCACUUCAAGACCCUGACAGAAGGGGGGUCACCAACAACGCCCUGA